AUGGCUGCUGCCGCGGAGGCAGCCGUCGCAGGUAGUAGCAAGCCCGGAGGAAGCAGCGCUGCUGAACCCGCGAAUCUUGCCGGAAAGUCCGGCCGGACGGACCGCGAUCGGGAUCGCGUGUACGACAUUCCCUGGGUUGAAAAGUACCGGCCGCAGCGCGUGGAAGACAUAGUGGGCAAUGAAGACGCGGUUUCGAGACUCUGCGUCAUCGCGCGCGAUGGCAACAUGCCGAAUCUAAUCUUCGCAGGUCCCCCGGGGACUGGGAAAACCACAAGUGUGCUCGCCUUGGCCCAUGCAUUACUAGGCCCCAGCUACCGCGAUGCUGUGUUGGAACUCAAUGCGUCUGACGAUCGAGGCAUUGAUGUGGUUCGCAACAAGAUCAAGAUGUUCGCUCAGAAGAAGGUCACUCUGCCGCCCGGGCGGCACAAAAUCAUCCUCCUGGAUGAGGCUGACAGCAUGACAGCAGGGGCGCAGCAGGCCCUGAGAAGAACAAUGGAAAUCUACUCUUCCACCACUCGCUUCGCCCUCGCAUGCAACGUGUCCUCCAAGAUCAUCGAGCCAAUUCAGAGCCGCUGCGCCGUGGUGCGAUUCUCCCGGCUUACAGACGCCCAAGUGUUAGCCCGACUAAUGCUGGUGGUGCAGGAGGAGAAGGUGGCGUAUGUGCCAGAGGGGCUGGAAGCGAUAGUGUUUACAGCGGAUGGCGACAUGAGGCAGGGGCUCAACAACCUUCAGGCCACUGCAACUGGCUUCGGUUUAGUCAACGCAGAUAAUGUGUUCCGAGUGUGCGACCAGCCUCACCCACUGAAGGUAGCAGCGACAGUGAAGGCGUGUCUAUCCGGUGACAUUGACAUGGCAUGCGAGGGCAUCCGGGACCUCUUUGCUCUGGGCUACGCUGCUUCUGACAUCAUCACCACGCUCUUCAGAAUAGUCAAGAACUACGACAUGCCAGAAUUCCUGAAGCUAGAAUUCAUCAGGGAGGUUGGUUUCUGUCACAUGAGGAUAGCAGAUGGGGUAGGAUCGGUGCUGCAACUAUCUGGUUUAAUGGCCAAGCUGUGCAAAAUAGCGAGAAAUGCUGCUCUGAAAACCACUUUCCUCGUCGUCGUCAUAGCCUCUGCGAUGGUCCUUUCCGCCGCCCCUGCGCGCGUCUCUGCCGCUGCGGCAGCUCCCGCCAACACGACUGCGGCUGCUAACAGGACCGCUUCUGCUAAGGCGGCUGCCGCGCCUGCCAACGCGACUAAAUCCGGAAACGCUACUAGUAAAGUUGGUAACAGCGCCGUCGGAGCGGCGACGGCGAGGCUGAGCAAGGGCGCGGGCGAAGGAAAGAACUCCACAUGCUCCUACUACGGAAACUACAACGCAAACCCUUACUUCGCCAAGGGGCUCACCGCGAAGCUUCCGCCCGCGCUCUUCGGCAAGCGCUGCGGCGCGUGCUACAAGGUGGAAUGCCAUAAUGACACGAAGCGCUGCCGCAGUGGCAAGGCAAUCGUGACCGUCCGUAUAGUCGGCGAAACCUCCACGGAGAAGCAGAUCUCCCUAUCCACCGUCUCUUGGUCGAAGAUUGUUCAGGGUUCUGAUACUGCCCCCGUUAACAUCACGUACAAGCGCACGAACUGCCAUUCGACCGCCGGAUCGGGAGUCCGCGUGCGCAGCAACUCAACGGCUGAGAAAUUCAACAUCCAAAUGGUGGGUCUGGCCGGCCCCGGUACGCUUACAGAGGUCGAGCUUAGCGCGGACGGCAAGAAGUGGGUGAAGCUGACGCGCGACGGCAGCAAGGCGAUUUGGGGAAUCGCCGGCGCGGAGGCGAAGGAGGUUUUGGGCGCGAAGAAGGCGAUGAGCGUUCGCCUCACUGCGGGACACACCCUCGAGAAAAUCACCCUCGAGAAUGUCAUUCCCGCCGCCUGGAAGGCCCAGACGGUGUACUCCUCUAAGACCAACUUCAAGAAGCUUUUGCCUGAGGCCAAGUAG